AACCGUCUCGGCCUUGAACACGCGAGCGCCGCCGCGGCCGCAGGACACCACAGUAACGCCUGCCGCCGGCAUGACAGGAUCCUCGCCGCUCGCGCGCCAGCGCCGACUCUUCCUCGGGCUGCUCUGCUUCACCGUAACCCUGCGCGCCUCCGCGGCCCGGCCGGAGGGCACUGCAACGCCGGCAGGCCUGGGCACAGCGGCAGAGUUGAUGGAGGAGAUUCGCUCCCGCAUGAGCAACCAGUGGGACGCCCUGCAGCAUAUCCGCUACCAGGCGCUGACGAGCAAGAUGACGGUGGGUCGCCUGAGCGAGCGCGUCAAGCAGCUGGUCGCCGCCAUUAAUGCCCAGGAAGUGCUUCCGUCGGCGCGCCCCUCGACGCCGGACGGGCCGUGCGACGAGGAGCCGUUCGAGGAGGACGGGAUACCGGCCUUGGCGGAUGCUCUGGAGGAGCUCCUCCAGGCGUACACCAACUACAUCAAUACGAGUGUGGAAGAAGAGGACCCACGAAGCUUCCAGGAAGAUUUAGCGAAGAUCAAGGACGUGCUGGUUAAGCUGAGAGCUCUGGUCGGCCAAGCAUCGACCAGGACAUCCCGCGGCAUAGAAACAACCCCUGCGGAGGGCGAGCCAGAGGCGCGGCGUCGGGAGGUGCGAGCGGGCGCCACGGCCGUGCUCCCGUGCCCCGUCGGCGCCGCAGGACAGUCGGUCACGUGGGUCCACUCGCUCGCAAACCGGCUCGUGGCCCUGAACGGCAAGGUAGUGGUGGCAGACGCGCGCUUCGGGCUGGCCGAAGUGAACGGCUCGCCUGCCCUCGAGAUUUUAGACGUUCAGAAGAAGGACGAAGGCCUCUAUAAGUGCUUCUCGAAUGGGACGGUUUCCUAUGAACUCUUUAUUGUUGAACCCAUGCUGGAAGUGGGCGUUCCCGCCACGGCUGCCCGCUUCACGAACCAGACCCUCACCUGCGCCUACCGCGGAGGCGAGGGCGUCGCACGGCUCGAGUGGCUGUUCAACGGUGCUCCCUUCUUCCAUUAUAAUCCUUUCCGAAAUGCACAAGUGGGCACCGAGUUCAACGCUGACAUUGAAGUAAUCCGUGAGGCGUCGACGCCGCAGCGGCUGGUCCUCCGAGAAGUGGACGUCACGGCCUCGGGAAGCUAUACGUGCCAAGUGCUGCUGGCGGCUUCCGGCAGACUGCUGAGCGACACGGCGGCCAUGGCGGUCAAGGGCCUGCAGCAGCCGGAGCGCGCCCGGCCGGCCCCCGUGCGCAUCGAGAGCCUGGGCGACGUGGCGGCGACGGCCGGCGAGGAAGCCACCCUCACCUGCAGGGUCUUCGCCGACGAGGCUGCUACGGUCUCCUGGAAGCGCCUGCGGGACCAGAGGCUGCUGUCGACCAACAACUACUCGUACACGGGCGACGUCGAGCACAGAGUCCGGCACGAAGAAGGGCCGAGCGAGUGGCGCCUGUGGCUCGCCCGGGCGGCCCCCGAGGACGACCGCUUCGAGUGCCGCGCCGUUGGCUCCUCCGGGGGCGAGGCCGCGGCGGUCGUGCGCCUCACCUUCGGAGAGGAGGAGAAAGUGGGCGUGGCUUCUGUGGACGUUCCCCCUCGCGCCGAACGCUUCACAGACCAGACGCUCACUUGCAAGUACAACCUCGGCGACUUGGGCCUCUAUUCCGUCAAGUGGUACCUCAACGGCAGCGAAAUCUUCCGAUAUUUACCAGGCCAAAAAACAAGCUUUCCCCAUCAAGAUGUGGAGGUCGAUGCGAGCCAGAGGCCGAGACACGCCCUUAUGAUCAGGAGCACCAUCGCUUCCAAGCUUGGAAAGCUGCCAACAGGACACUCAGAGCGAAUCAUCUCCAUGCGCCUUCCACUACGGAACAAACAGCAUGCCACUAUGUUCAGUGUAUAUGCUCCAACUCUCCAAGCAGGUCCCACAGAAACGGAAAAGUUUUACACUGAUCUGCCAAACUCGUUCAGAACGGGCCAGCAGAAGACAGCGUUAUCAUCCUAGGUGAUUUCAAC